AGCGCACUUCACACAUCGCGCACAUUUAAGACGGAAAACGGUUCAAAAUGGCGACGUACUUGGCGGUUGUCUGUUGUACAAAAUAGGUUAUCGGGCGGUGCCAAUAAUUUUCUAACGAUUAUAAUCCCGAUGAGAUCUAGAUGAGAAACUUGUUACGAGACGUCAAGGUGUAUUAUGAUUAGCUCCAGAUAAAAGUUUGUGCAAACGGGCGCUUUAUUGAUAAUCGAGCGCGAACCAGAAGAUAAUGGCCGAAAAUGUCGUCACAAGCGACGACGAGCUCUUGAACAAUAUUAAAAAGCUCCUGUGGGGUUCGACCGUGAAGGAGGACAUUUUUAAGCGAUGGGCGCAAGGCUUUUACUUCAGUGUAGACGAGCCUACCGCGCUUGUGCAGAGAGAAGGCGGGCCUUGUGCUGUGAUAGCUUCGGUUCAGGCAUUUAUUUUGAAACAGUUGCUUCUCGAAGGUGAUGUUGUAACAUGGAACGCCAUCAAGGCCGAGAAAUGUGAUCAGUUGCUUGUUAAAGCCAUGACCGAAAUUAUCAAUCAAGCAGCCGACUCUCAGGAUCCCAAGUAUUUGCUAGUGCAUGUCAAUGACAACACUAAUGCCUUUUCAUGUAACAAAGAUAGCUCCGAUUCCAAAUCAGCAGAAUCCACAAUACAUUCAGCUCGGGAUAUUAGUGAAAGUAGUCAAAUUAAUGAGACACAAAUCGCAAGACAAGCAACAUUAGAUUCGGAAAGGUUUCAUUCUCAAUUGAGGAUAUUUACAACAAGUAACAUUGACGAUGUAGAGGACUUCUUUACAGAACGAAUUGGAAUCUUGAAAGAUCAGUACGGUAUACUUUUGUUACUCUAUACUGUAAUGUGUACAAAAGGCGUGUCGGGCAUAUGUGUUGAAAUGUCGGAUUCGGAACCCAUGAUUGAUUCGACUUACGGAUACGGAAGCCAAAGCUUGAUAAAUUUGAUGCUUACCGGCCGGGCUGUAAGCAACGUAUGGGAUCACGAUCAGGAUGUUGGCGGAUUAAAAUUUCGUGGUGUAGAUAAACAGAAUACAAUAGGAUUUCUGAAUUUACUAGAGCAUUUACGAUAUUGCGAAGUGGGAACAUUUUUGAAGUCGCCGUUGCAUCCGAUUUGGGUGCUGGGGUCCGAAACGCAUUUAACUGUACUCUUCUCUACAGAAAAGCGAUUAGUAAGCCCAGAAACGCCGGCGGAACAGGCGCGUAGAGUUUUUAGACGUUUCGAUCCGGAAGGGAAUAAUUUCAUUCCGUCAAAUUUACUGAAGGAUGUAUUGGCAGAACUAGGACUGGUGGCCGAUACCGAAUACGUCGACAUCAUAAGAAAAAAGCUGGACAAUGAAAAUCUAGGAAUAAUACUUCUCAAUUCGUUUAUGGAUGAAUUUUUUCCGGAAGAACAGUGCACCUGUCCGGACACGUUUGUCUUGUAUCAUUACAACGGUUUACAACGCAGCAAUCCGGAUAAUAAAGUGAAGUAUCACAAGGGACAAGCGGUAUUGCUUGAGUGCACCGUAAAGUGUAUCAUGGAUAGCAAUCCUAUGCUGACAGUUCUGCAAACAAAGUGGCCAAGGAUUGAGAUACAGUGGGACAUAGGACGAAAUCCUAGUUUAAAUUAAAAGUUACAAAACUGUAAUAUAUAUACAAUAUGGGGCCGACGCAUGUAGAGAGUAACCUGACCGAGCGCUUUUAUAGGAUACUAUUAAAAGAUUUAUUACUUUAAGACGUAGUCUAGUCAGAUCGGCCAUCUUCUGGUUUUGCAUCGGUGAACACUGCAAGAAUAUUGAGCAAUUAAAUAUAAUAGCCAAUAUAUAUAUAUAUAUAAAAUAUAUAUAUAUAUAAUAUCAAUGCUAAUUGGUGCCACACGGAAAAAAUAUGUAGUAUUUGUAAUGGUCAGUAUAAAACUAUUAAGAGAGAAUUGUUAUAUCUCAUGUCAAAAAUAUUGCACUACACAUGUCGAUUAAAAUAGUUUAUUUUUUAAAUGUUU